UGCCAACCAGGAUUAUUUCUGGUGUGCGAUUAAUGUGCGAUUUAUGUGCGAGUUUGUGCGAUGUUGUAUGUCAUUCACUGGCUGUUAUGCGAUUUCUAUGCGAUUUCUAUGCGAUUAAUAAUCUUCCUGUUUGUAUUUGCAGAUGGCUCCAGAACUCAUUCUCCCCUUGGCUGAGCAUUUUCCUGGGCGUAUCACUUACCGAGGAAAUGGGUACUUUGCUUCUAUUAAAGCAAAGUUUGAAGCCUUUAACCUGACCGAGAGGGUGAAGGAAACUCCUUUUGGAGUUUUUUGGAAUGCGAAUGAACUGAAAUUCUCCGGGGUGAUUGUGCAUCAACUACUGUUGAGGAAAAUGAAAGUGAGUGAGGUAAAGAAUGAUGAAGUGUGGUUUUACGUGGGUAAAACCGAGGCCAGAUUUGGAAGAUCUGAGUUUGGAUUGAUUACGGGACUGAAGAUGAGCGGUGGCCCCUCGACUGAAGAAUUGAAUACACUAUGUGAGUCUGAUCGGAUAUUGCGGGACUACCUCAAUAAUGCCAAACGGGUCACUUUCAAAACCCUUUGGCUAGCUUUUGAGGCGUGCGAUGUGGCCGACGACGUGUACAAGCUGGGGCUGUGUGCAUUUGUUGAAGGAGUGCUUCUAUCUAGGGCUGAGGGUGUUUACAUAUGGUCGGAUAUGCUGAAGUUGGUAGAAAACGAGGAGAAGUUCUUCGAAUAUCCGUGGGGCCUUCUUUCAUAUCAGAAGUUGUUGUCAUCCACAGCCAAAAGUAUGACUGACCUGAGGAAGAACUACCUUGAUAAAUCUACUAAGGAUAAGAAGAAAGGGAAGAAGGAGAAAAAAAUUACUCAACCAGAGGCGAAGUACAAUGUCUACGGAUAUGCACCGGCGCUACAAUACUGGGCCUUUGAGGUGAUGCAGGAUUUGGGGAAGAAGUACGGGCAGUGCAGAGGGACUAGAUUCCCUCGAAUGUUGAAUUGGAGCACCCCCAACACAGUUACGAAACAUGAUGUCAAGCAACCUGAUGUCGCUACCCUAUUCGAGAAAAGGAUGGUUGUUCUUCAAAUUCUGUAUCCUAGGAAUUGGGAGGUGGACUAUUGGAAGAGCAAUUGUGAGGGUGAGGUCCCCACGGUGGAAAUGGGGUUGGAUGAGGUCGAAGAAACGCAAGUCGGGGCGCAAGAUUCGACCGCAUUCCAGACCCAAGCCGAACGGGUGGCGGAUUAUGUGAAAAAGUCCAAAAUUAUUCCACCAUCCCCACCCAAAGAAGCACCAGACGCCUCCACAUCUGCCACCGUGCCCCCAACGCCUGCCACUGUGCCCCCAAGCUCUGCUCCAGCCAAUGACUCCAACUACCUCUUGUUGGCUAAGAGGUUGGAGAAGGUAGAAGCGCAACAAGUUGCGAUUCUGACUGCGCAGACUGAGAUGAAGGCUGACUUCAAGAGAAGUCAGAAAGAGAUGAAGAAUCUUAUCAUGGAUCAAAUUGCGACCGUGAUAAGUUUGUUACAGAAGCAGCCUUCGGAGCCGACACAACCAUCAGGGCCGGCACAGCAAUCAGACCCCACACCAUCAGACACGGCAGAGCCAUUACAGACGGUACAUCCAUCACCGCCGACAUAUGAUGAUGAUGAUGAUGUCUACCCAGAAGAUUGGCAACCUGACGCAUGUGACGUUCCUUCUACUCCUGCAAACGCCAUUGUCAUUUCGCUGGGUGAUACUGAAUCUCAGGAUGUGGAAGAGUUGCAGGGGCCACCAGAUGGAGUGGAGUUCUGUAGGCUUAGGCGAAAGCGCAAGCCGGUUUUCUUGAAUGACUACACUGCUGGGAAGAAGAAACAACGACAUGGGCCCGUGGUAGUAGACACCCUGAAACCGGCGGACGCCCGGCUGUUAAAAUUCUUCCAGAAGUGGAUCACUUAUGCUAGGGACAAUGGCCGUCCUAGGGAUGUUCACCUUUGGCGAAGCCACUAG